AUGUUAUAUGAUGGUUUUCGAGUUAUAAUUACUUGUCUUAAUCAUUAUAACAACAAUACUGAACAUCUUGUUAAUGCUCUCUUUGACAAUACUGUGCCUGAACAUCUAAAAUUUGAACCAUCAAGUACAACAUCAGUACUAGUAUCUUCAUCGAAGAUUACAAAUGCAAAUGAAAAACCAUUCUCUAGCAAAGAUUUUUCUUUACUUGAACAACGUUCAAAUAUAUAUGAUAAUGAUGAAUUUGAUUUAUUUAAUCGAGAUGAUAUUGAUCUAACAAGAAUACAUCGAGGAAAAAAAACACGAGAUGCACCAGAAGAUCUUGAUGACAAAUCUCAUGUAAAAGAAAUGAGUGAACGUUAUGCUCGUCUAGGUCUUGUCGAGGAUGAAACAGAUGCUGAAUAUGAUGAUGAAUAUGAUGAUACUUAUGAUGAUGGAAUUGUUGAUGUUAGAGAUAAAGAUGAUACAAUUGAUAAUGAAUUACAAAAGAAUGAAAAUAGAUUAUUGGGAAAACAACCUCAACAUUAUCGUCAACAAAUGGAUAAUGAAGAAGAAGACAAUGAUGAAAGUCAAGCUAAACGUCGUAAUCAAUUUGUUGAAAAUCCUGAAAUAGUUCGUGAACGAAGAGCACAACAACGAGCAGCUUGGCAACAACGUCAUCAACCACAUCGAUCACAUACAGAAGAAACACAUGAUGUUGUUGGUAAUGCUCGUGGUCGUGGCCAAUCAGGCACAGUUACACAUAAUCGACGUUGGAAAGAUGCACAUAAAUCGUCUCAAGCCAAUCAUAAUCGUCGAAAUCGAGCUACUCAAAAAGCUAAUCGAGGAUUACUUUCUUAA